AACACCUGAGAUGAUCCAGAUGGGAUGGAGGCUGCCGGUGGGAGAGAGGAUUUGGGAUGAGCCCUUGGCCUGAGCCGUGGCUCUGCCUUGUCUUGCAGCUUCCUCUGCCGAUCCUAAAGAUGUCCUGCUCCAGCCUGUGUGUCCCCAGCUGCGGGGUGGCCACCCCGGCCCCUCUGGCCGACACCUGCAACGAGCCCUGCGUGCGGCAGUGCCCCGACUCCACGGUGGUGAUCCAGCCCCCGGCCUCGGUGGUCACCUUCCCCGGGCCCAUCCUCAGCUCCUUCCCGCAGCAGAGCGCCGUGGGCUCGGCAGGAGCUCCCUACGUCGGAGCCGGCUCCGGUGGCUCCUUUGGAGGCCGUGGUGGCUACGGGGGCUACGGAGGAUUUGGUGGCUACGGUGGAUAUGGAGGAUGGGGUUAUGGAAGCCGUGGGGGCUACGGGGGUUGGGGCUAUGGAGGCC